AUGGAGAUUCGGAAAGACCUCAUCAGGCUGGAACAAGCCCUGUAUUUAGCUUUGUCCCUCACAGGACCCCUUUCUGUGGUGCCUAACUAUUGUGUGUCUCUCUCUCCCAUCCCCUCCAUCAAAAGGGUAAGCUUGUCAGCCACAGACUGCUACAUCGUGCAUGAGAUCUACAAUGGGGAGAACGCCCAGGACCAGUUUGAGUACGAGCUGGAGCAGGCCCUGGAAGCCCAGUACAAGUACAUUGUGAUCGAGCCCACCCGCAUCGGUGAUGAGACAGCUCGCUGGAUCACUGUGGGCAACUGCCUGCACAAGACGGCUGUGCUGGCGGGCACCGCUUGCCUCUUCACCCCCUUGGCAUUACCCUUAGAUUAUUCCCACUACAUCUCCCUGCCCGCUGGUGUGCUGAGCCUGUCCUGCUGUGCCCUCUACGGAAUCUCCUGGCAGUUUGACCCAUGCUGCAAGUACCAAGUGGAGUACGACGCCUAUAAACUGUCCCGCCUGCCUCUGCACACACUCACCUCCUCCACCCCUGUGGUGCUGGUCCGGAAGGACGACCUGCACAGAAAGAGACUUCACAACACGAUAGCACUGGCUGCCCUGGUGUACUGUGUAAAGAAGAUUUACGAACUCUAUGCAGUAUGAUUUCAGUAGAACAGGGAGAGAAGCAAAACAACCCAGCCCACGGGUGACAACAGAGUAUUCAGAUUGCCACAGUAACAUUUUUUGCUCUGUGAGCCUGGGAAGGUGUUUGGUUUAAUAUUUGUUAUUUUUUAAAAAUAACACAGAUCACGGGUGUACCAAGGGAUUUUUCAACUCAUUACACUAAGGUGUGGAUUUCCAUAACCGAAGAGGGGGUCUGAGGCUGUGGAAGUCUGACCGGGCAGUGGAGUGCUGAUGAAAGCAAACGCUACUGAGGGGGUGUGAACGUGCUUUGGGGGGUGGGGGUCUUUAAGUAUGUUGUUUAACUGUACCAUCCAGAGCCAACCAGAAGCUAUCGACCAUUAAAAUUAUGAGAAUUUCGGC